AAAAACUUCAUUUGUGUUGUUGCCAUUAACCAACAAGAACGUGUAUGUGUUUUUAUUUAUUGUGUGUAUAUAUAAAUCAGUGAAAAAUAAAAACAAGUUUUCUUUAUAUUUAGAAAUUUACAUUUUUUUUUUUUUUUUUUAUAAAAAUAAAAGUGAUAAAAUAAUCGACAAUAAUUAAUAAUUGCCAUGUGACGAAGAAGGGAAAAUCGCGGCGGCACAAAUUAAAGGAAAGAUCGAGAUUAACCGGCAAAUCAUCGGAAUCAACGGGAAAAAUGGCGCCGCCAGAGCCAGUGGCCCAAAUGAAUACCUACAGGUCCUAUGUGACUAUGUUAGGUGAUCCAAAUUCCAAGGAUGAAUUAAAAUUAAAAGCCGCACAAGAACUAUCGGAAAAUUUUGAAGUUAUUAUGUGCUCCUCACAAUAUCCAGCAUUUCUCGAUCAUAUGAUGAAAAUUUUUUUAAAAAUUCUUCAAGAAGGUGAACCACAUUUUAUCUCUGAAUAUAAUAUACAACAAGUACGUAAAUUAAUACUUGAAAUGAUUCAUCGUUUACCAACAAAUGAGUGCCUUCGUCCAUAUGUGAAACAAAUUCUUAGUUUAGUAUUAAAACUUCUUGAAACUGAAAAUGAAGAAAAUAUUCUUGUUUGUUUGCGUAUUAUCAUUGAAUUACAUAAACAAUAUAGGCCAACGUUUAAUCCUGAUAUACAACAUUUUCUUCAAUUUGUCAAAUCAAUUUACAGUGAAUUACCGGAGAAUUUACCAAAAAUAUUUGAACCACGACCACCGCUUAAAGUUAAUGAUUUAUCGGAAAUUAAUAUUGAAGCUUUGUUAAAGGAGACAUUUACAAUAACUGUGAUACAAAGUGAGAAAAAAGGACCUGACGGUACACCGGUUACUUAUAAUCUAAUACCAAAAGCUGUACUAUCAUUAAAAGUUCUUCAGGAAUUACCAAUUAUUGUUGUAUUAAUGUAUCAAAUUUACAAGCUCAAUGUACAUCAAGAUGUGUCGGAUUUUAUUCCCCUGAUUAUGACAACAAUAACUUUACAACCGAGUCCCCAACAUCGAGCAUCACCGGGUUUUAAUAAAGAGGUAUUUGUCGAUUUUAUGGGAGCACAAAUAAAAACCCUUUCGUUUCUUGCUUAUAUUAUUAGAAUUUAUCAGGAUGUUGUUUCACAACACAGUACAAUGAUGGUUCAAGGAAUGCUUGGUCUGUUAACACUUUGUCCAAUGGAAGUGGCACAUUUAAGAAAAGAACUUCUUAUCGCAACGAGGCAUAUUCUUGCCACGGAUUUAAAAACAAAAUUCAUUCCUCACAUGGAACAUCUUUUUAAUGAGGAAAUUCUUCUUGGUUCCGGUUGGACAACACACGAAUCCCUAAGGCCUUUGGCUUACUCAACUCUUGCCGAUUUAGUCCAUCAUGUUCGUAAACAACUUCCACUAUCCGAUCUUGCUAGGGCUGUUCAUCUUUUCAGUAAAAACGUUCACGAUCAAAGUCUCCCAACAACGAUUCAAACCAUGUCCUGUAAAUUACUGUUAAAUCUCGUCGAAUGUAUUACUCAUCGUUCCGAUUUGGAGAACAGUAUCCAAGGCCGAGAACUUCUAAUGCGUAUGCUCGAGGUAUUUGUUCUGAAAUUUAAAAUCAUCACCAAAUUACAAAUGCCCGUUUUGUUGAAUAAAGCAAAAACGGCGACAACACUGGAAGUUAAAAUCGAAGAUGUUAAACCUGAUUUUCAAGACGAUAGAGAUUGUGGAAAGUCGAAAUUUGGCUUCCCAGCGUCACAAGUAGCAAACUAUAAUGUCGCCGACUAUAGAAGUCUCGUUAAAACUUUGGUCUGUGGAGUAAAAACUAUCACAUGGGGUUGUGCUAAUUGUAAAUCGAUAGAAGCAGUUCAACCAAAACAAUUUCAACCAAAAGAAACUUUAGUCUUUAUUCGUUUAGUGAAAUGGGCUCUUCAGGCAUUAGAUAUCUACAUGAUUGGUCCACCAGGUGUUGGAGCAAUUGCCCAACCAGCAAGAGUUGCACAAACACAAACAGUUCGCUCCAAGGAGGAAAAGGAAGUUCUCGAACAUUUUAGCGGUGUAUUUUCAAUGAUGAAUCCACAAACAUUUCAAGAAAUAUUUUCAACGACAAUUGAUUAUAUGGUGGAGAGAAUAUUUAAAAAUAGUGCCCUACAAGUUGUGGGUAAUUCAUUUUUAGCAAAUCCAACAACAUCGCCUAUUUUUGCAACUGUACUUGUGGAAUAUCUACUUGAACGAAUGAACGAUAUGGGUUCGAAUGUCGAACGUAGUAAUUUGUAUCUACGACUAUUUAAACUUGUCUUUGGUAGUGUUUCUCUAUUUCCAGCGGAGAAUGAACACAUGCUACGUCCACAUCUUCAUCAAAUUGUCAAUCGAUCCAUGGAACUUGCAAUGUCAGCCAAGGAACCAUAUAAUUAUUUUCUCCUUCUUCGUGCACUUUUCCGUUCAAUUGGCGGUGGAUCACACGAUCUUCUUUAUCAGGAAUUUCUUCCCCUGCUUCCAAAUUUAUUGGAGAGUCUCAAUAGACUUCAAUCGGGUUUACAUAAACAGCAUAUGAAGGAUUUAUUCGUUGAACUUUGUCUCACGGUGCCAGUUCGUUUGAGUUCCCUCCUUCCGUAUUUACCAAUGUUAAUGGAUCCUUUAGUUUCGGCAUUAAAUGGAAGUCAUACUUUAGUGAGUCAAGGUUUAAGAACCCUGGAAUUGUGUGUUGAUAAUUUACAACCGGAUUUUCUCUACGAACACAUUCAACCAGUUCGUGCUGAUCUAAUGCAGGCAUUGUGGAGAACACUACGUAAUCCCACCGAUCAAGUAGCACACGUUGCUUUUCGUGUUCUCGGCAAAUUUGGCGGUGGUAAUCGAAAAAUGAUGAUAGAACCCCAAAAAUUAGAGUACAAUGAUCGUGACACAAAUUCACCGACAGUUGUCGCCUAUUUUCAAGAGCCAUCGAAACCUAUUGAUUUUCCUGUCGAACGUGUAAUUGAGACAGCUUUCACAGCUUUAAAAUUAAAUACAACUGAUUCGUUUUAUCGUAAACAGUGUUGGGAGGUGAUUAAUUGUUAUUUGGCGGCUUCACUACGAUUGGAUGAUGACAAAACAACGUUGUAUAAAUUAUUUAUGCAUCCGAGUUUUAAGGAAGGAGACAUACCACAUCAGCAGGGUCCAUUUUAUAAAAUCGGUGACGCGGUAGCUAGAAAUGUUCAACAGACAGCUUUGACGGGUUUAUUUGUUGCGGCAGCUAUUAAGGAAUUAAGACAAUCGGUUCUUGGGACAAUGGUUUCGUAUGUUAGGCACUACACAAUGAUUGCUAUUGCCCAACAGGCGGGACCUUUCGCAGUUACUGGUCGGCAGGCAAGAAUGCAUGGACAGGAUCCUUUGGUUCUGAUCGAUGCAUUGGCGGUCAUAAUGGGACAUGAGGAAAAGGAACUUUGUAAACCCGGUCAUCUAGCUUUGAUCCUAAUACUAGAAACGGCGACCAACAUUCUGGGUUCUAAGGAACGAGCCUGUCAAUUACCUUUCAUGGAAUACCUAGCCGAAAGAAUGUGUUCCCUCUGCUACGAACGUGCUUGGUACGCAAAACUCGGAGGAUGCAUCGCCAUUAAAUUCCUCUUUGAACGUAUGGCCACCAAAUGGGUUUUAAAUCAUCUAUUCAUCUUUCUCAAAGCCCUCAUGUUCGUUAUGAUGGAUCUAACCGGCGAAGUCUCGAAUGGAGCAAUCGAUAUGGCAAAGGCAAAUCUGGAAAAAAUGCUUCGAGUUUGUGUAAAUCCGGAUAUUCAAGAGCUGAACAAAGAACUCAAGGAGGCACAAAAUAAAAGUCUCUAUGAAGUAACACACGAAUUGGUACGUCAAGUCACGUCACCCCACACUCUUGUUAGGGAACAAGCCAUGUCUUCUCUUCGUCUCCUAGCGGAUGUACAAAAUAAAACCGUCACCGAAGUAAUGGAACCACACAAAGAAGUCCUUGCCGACAUGAUUCCACCAAAAAAGCACCUACUCAGACAUCAACCAGCAAAUGCCCAAAUCGGUCUCAUGGAUGGUAACACAUUCUGCACGACACUUAAUCCUCGAUUAUUUACCAUUGAUCUCAACAUUAGGGAACAUCAAGUCUUCUUUCAGGAGCUUCAUAAUCUCAGCGAAGCCGAGGAUACAAUACUCUCUAAACUUCCCUGCUACAAAUCGGUGACCAAUUUUAUCCCCUUAAAAAAGUCUGCUUUACGAGCCCUCGCCGCUUGUCAUUACAUCAGCGCCUAUAGGGAAAAAAUAUUCUCCAUCCUCUACAAGGCAUUGGAAAAACCAAAUGCAGAACUUCAAGCCGCCGCUUUUGAAUGUAUGCAAAAAUUCAUCGCUGGUUUUCAAAUUGACAUGGAAUUGGUUCAUUCUAUUAUGCGACCAAUGCUUCUCACCCUUGGUGAUCAUCGAAAUUUAAGUUUAAAUUGCGCCAAACGUCUUUCUUAUCUAACACAAUUAUUUCCCAGUACAUUUAGUAUAACACUUUGUGAACAACUUUUACAACAUUUGAAAAAACUUUUGGAAAAUUUAAUACAGGCGCACAAGGGUGUUUCAAAAUCGGGUGAAAAUGAACAGAAAAUUGCAACAAUUAUUGGAAUAUUUCAUCAAAUACCGGCGGCAACACCAAAAUUUAUUGACGUUUUGUGCAGGCUUGUUCUACAAACGGAGAAAUCACUACUUGUUGAAGCGUCCAGUCCAUUUAGAGUGCCGUUAAUGAGAUUUUUACUACGCUAUCCAACGGAGACACUAAAUCUAUUUCUACAGGAUAAUAAUAUCAAAGAUCAACAGUGGAGUAGAUUUCUGGAAUUUUUGCUCAAGCACAAGGAGGGUAAACCAUUUAGAGAUGUACUUCAUGGAAGUACAAAUCGUCUAAUAACAAUGCUUUUAGCCCAGUCGCAAAUUAUUACAACAUUGAGUAAUAACGAAAAAAGUGAAUUACAACAUCAAGCUAUUAGAAUUGUGUCAAUUUUGAUAAAAUUCGAUGAACAAUGGUUACCAACACAAAAACAAUUGGUCGCCGCAAUGAAACAAAUUUGGUGUAACGAUGAUUAUCAAUUACUACAUAAAAAAGUUGACAGUGUUGAUUUUUGUCAUUGGAAGGAACCAAAAUUAGUUGUAAAAAUUCUUCUUCAUUACUUCAAACAUGAUCCAAAUGAUAUUGAUCUUUUGUUUCAACUUCUACGUGCAUUUUGUGAAAGAUUUAUACCUGAUUUUCAAUUUCUUCGUGAUUUUCUUGAAAAUACUGUAGCACAAGACUAUACAGUUGAAUGGAAAAGAGAGGCAUUCUUUCGUUUUGUUGAACAUUUUCCAACUGACAAUAUGUCACAGGAAUUGAAGGCAAAAGUAAUGCAAUUUAUCAUAAUACCAUGUUUUGCAACAAGUUUUGAACGUGGUGAAGGUUUAAAAUUAGUUGGUGGUGCACCAAUGCCAUAUCAAGAUAUUCCAAGUAAUGUUGUCUCGGCAUUUAUAACAAAAAUAAUUGAUCCAGUUAAACCAUUUGGUUCAGCUGAUUGUGUGAGAAUUUCUUUGCUACAAUUCUCAUGUUUAUUGGUUGAACAAGCAUCGCAACAUAUACAUGAUGAGGCAAAUAAACGACAGGGAAAUAAAUUACGUAGAUUAAUGACAUUUGCAUGGCCAUGUUUAUUGGGAAAAAAUUGUGUUGAUCCAGCGACGCGUUAUCAUGGUCAUUUAUUGUUGAGUCAUAUUAUUGCGAAAUUUGGAAUUCAUAAGAAAAUUGUAUUGCAAGUGUUUCAUAGUUUAUUGAAGGCACACGCUGUUGAGGCGAGAAAUGUUGUGAGGCAGGCACUUGAAAUAUUAACACCGGCAAUGCCAGUGAGAAUGGAUGAUGGGAAUACAAUGCUGACACAUUGGACGAAGAAGAUUAUUGUUGAGGAGGGACAUUCGAUGCAGCAGCUGUUUCAUAUACUGCAACUUGUUGUGCGACACUAUAAGGUUUACUAUCCCGUUCGUCAUCAUUUGCUCCAACACAUGGUGAAUUCAAUUCAACGUCUUGGAUUCAGUCCCACCGCAUCAAUUGAACAUCGUCGUCUAGCGGUUGAACUCGCGGAAGUAAUAAUAAAAUGGGAAUUACAUAGAAUUAAAGAUGAGGCAGAAAAUCAAGAAACCGGUGGUACAGGAACAAUGAUUGUACCAAUGAAACGUUUAUCAAUAGACGAUGCAGCGAGUGUAUCAAAACGUUUGGCACAGGGUGUUAAUUCACCAAUACCAACAGUUCAACCAAAAAUGGAACCAGGCUCAACAAAACCAAUUGAACGUGCACACGCGGACGCGAUACUUAAUUUUCUCCUACGUCUAGCGUGUCAGGUUAACGAUAUGACAACGACAACAACACAAGGAAAUCCCGGAGAACAAUUAUCGAGACGUUGUGUUAAUUUAUUGAAAAUGGCCCUAAAACCCGAUGUUUGGCCCCAAUCGUGUGAUUUAAAAUUAGCUUGGUUGGAUAAAGUAUUUGCAAGUGUUGAUAAUUCACAACCAAAUUUUGGUAAUAUUUGUACAGCUCUGGAAUUAUUGACAUUUUUAUUGGGUGUUAUGAAGCGGGAACAAGUUUUAUCGGGUUUUAAACCACUGCAAAGGGGAUUGGGUGCUUGUAUUGGAAGUACAAAUACAAAAGUAAUAAGAUUGGUGCAUGGUUUAUUGUCACGUUUAAUGACAAUAUUUCCCACAGAACCAACUGCUUCGACAGUUGCUAGUAAAUAUGAAGAACUUGAUACACUUUACAGUACUGUUGGUAAAUUUGUUGCUGAUGGUUUGAACACCUAUGAUAAAAAUGCAACAGCAACUCCUAGUUCUCUGUUUGGUACUCUAAUGAUGUUAAAAGCCGCUUGUACGAAUAAUCAAAAUUACAUUGAUAGAUUAAUUACACCAUUUAUGAAAGUAUUGCAUCGUAUGGCUAAGGAUCAUCUUCAUCCAACACCAACUGAGACAAAUCAAAUUGGUAGCGAACUUUUGAUACUAAGUCUCGACCUCGUUAAAAAUCGUGUAGGAGUAAUGGGUGUCGAAAUGCGAAAAUCAUUCAUCGGUUCAAUUCUCGUGGGACUUAUUGAAAAAACCCAAGACAUCAAAGUAAUGAAAGCAAUAACAAAAAUGCUGGAAGAAUGGAUGAAGAAUAAAAAUCCAAUAGCAAUGAAUCAGACACCGAGUUUAAGGGAGAAAUCAAUAUUGUUGGUUAAAAUGAUGCAGUAUGUUGAGAAACGUUUUCCGGACGAUUUAGAAUUGAAUGGUCAAUUUUUGGAGUUGGUUAAUUUUGUUUAUAGGGACGAUACAUUGAAAUCAAGUGAAUUGACAUCGAAGUUGGAGCCGGCAUUUUUGUGUGGAUUGCGUUGUAUACAGCCGCAUAUUAGAGCGAAAUUUUUUGAAGUAUUUGACGGAUCGAUGAAGAGGCGUUUACAUGAUCGAUUAUUGUAUAUAAUUUGUAGUCAAAGUUGGGAUGCAAUGGGUCCGCAUUAUUGGAUAAAACAGUGUAUUGAAUUGUUGAUAGUGACAGCGAAUAGUACCACUCAUAUACAAAUGUCAAAUCAGGAUAUAUUGCUGCCAAGUGCAACGGCAUUGAUAAAUAUGUCAGAUGGUGAGGAGCAGAAGAAUUUUUUGAUGUACAGUUCGGUUAAGGAGGAACCAAUGGAGAUGAAUGAGGAUGUGAAGGAUGAGUUGAUGGAUUUGGAUUUAUCAAAUGUGGAUCCAGUGGCUGAGGAGAUUGAAAGUCGUAAAUCGACAUUGGUGCAAUUGAUAGCGAAGCAGGGUGAAUUUUUGGAGAAUGCGAAAAAAAUACGGACCGAGGAAUUAUUGAACGCGGCGGCACAAUUGUGUCAUAUGGAUACAAAUUUGGCGGAAGCGAUUUGGUUGGACUGUUUUCCACGAUUGUGGGCGAUUUUAGAUGAGCAUCAACAAAACACUCUGAUUGCGGAAAUGGUACCAUUUAUCUGUAGUGGUACUCAUGUUAUUCAAAAAGAUUGUCAUCCCUCAGCAAUAGCGACUUUUGUCGAGGCUCUAGCGCAUUGCAAUCCCCCGGUGCCGAUGAGACCCGCAGUUAUGAAGUAUUUGGGAAAAUCCCACAAUCUUUGGCACAGAAUGACAUUGAGUUUGGAACAAAUGGCAUUUGACAAUGGUAAUAAUCAGUUUAAAAUUAAAAGAGAGGCGGAUUGUUAUGACUUUGAACCGGAUAAUAGUCCACAUACGGAGAUUUUGGAUUCCCUUUCGGAUAUGUAUUCUUUGCUUUGCGAAGAAGAUAUGUGGUCGGGUUUAUGGCAAAAGCAUGCUCAUUACAAAGAGACUCUACAGGCUACCGCUUUGGAGCAACAGGGAUUUUUUGAACAAGCACAAGGUGCCUACGAUCUUGCAAUGACGAAAUUUAAACAAGAUUUUGUCACAACACCAGCUCCGUUUAAAAUUCAACGAGAGGCGAUACUUUGGGAACAACGUUGGAUACGCUGCGCUAAGGAAUUGAAUCAAUGGGAUUUAUUGUUGGAAUACGGUACAAGAAAGACGGAAAAAAAUCCUUUUUUAAUCCUCGAGAGUUCUUGGCGUAUUCCUAAUUGGCCGCUAAUGAAGGAGGCGUUGGCUCAAGUGGAACAGAAUUGCCCCAAGGAAAUGGCUUGGAAGGUUAAUUUGUAUAGGGGUUUUUUGGUUAUUUGCCACAAUGACGAUCAGCAUCUCUCGGCUGUUGAACGAUACGUGGAAUUAGCAUCUGGUUUGUGUAUGCGAGAAUGGAGAAGACUUCCACAUAUCGUUAGUCAUAUACAUUUGCCGCUAUUGCAAGCAGCUCAACAGAUUAUGGAACUACAGGAAGCGAUGCAAAUUCAUCAGGGUUUGAUUCAUGGACGUAGUAAUUCGGUGCACGAUAUGAAGGCUAUUGUUAAAACUUGGAGGAAUCGUUUACCAGUAAUUGCUGAUGAUUUAAGUCAUUGGUCGGAUAUAUUUACGUGGCGUCAACAUCAUUAUACAUUUGUAUCGAAUCAUUAUGAUUCACAACCAGAACAAACGACAAAUCAUUCAAUGUUGGGUGUACAUGCUUCCGCGCAGGCUAUAAUUCAUUUUGGUAAAAUUGCAAGAAAGCAUAAUUUAUGUGGUGUUUGUUUGGAUUCACUUUCUCGGAUUUAUACAAUUCCAAGUGUGCCGAUUGUGGAUUGUUUUCAAAAGAUAAGACAGCAGGUGAAGUGUUAUUUGCAAAUGGCGUCAAUAACGGGAAAGAAUGAAUUACAAGAGGGAUUGGAAGUGAUAGAGUCGACGAAUUUGAAAUAUUUUACUAAAGAAAUGACUGCGGAAUUCUAUUCCCUAAAAGGGAUGCUAUUGGCACAAUUGGGACGAUCGGACGAUGCUAAUAAGGCAUUCUCGGCUGCGGUACAAUUAUCGGAUACUUCGAUAAAAGCAUGGGCUUUAUGGGGGGAUUAUUUGGAGCAUAUAUUCACUAGGGACGCGAGACAAAUACAAAUUGGAGUAUCGGCAAUCACUUGCUUUUUACACGCAAGUCGUCAUCAAAAUGAAUCAAAAUCGAGAAAAAAUUUAGCUAAAGUACUUUGGUUACUUACCUAUGAUGAUGAUAAAUCAUCAUUAAUGGAGGCUGUUGAUAAAUAUGCAGUUGGUGUACCUCCAAUUCAAUGGUUACCAUGGAUUCCGCAACUAUUGAUGUGCCUCGUUCGUCAUGAGGGAAAUGUGAUUUUAAAUUUGUUGAGCCAAGUUGGUCGAAUGUUUCCACAGGCUGUUUAUUUUUCAAUAAGAACAUUGUAUCUUACUUUAAAAAUUGAACAAAGGGAACGUUAUAAAAGUGCUGAAUUAAAAGUACAAGAGGAAAAUCGAGUACAGCAGGGAGCACCGGAAACAGGACCUAUUAGAGCAACACCACCAAUGUGGCGUUGUUCUAAAAUUAUGCACAUGCAGCGUGAUAUUCAUCCAACAAUUUUAUCAAGUUUAGAGGGUAUUGUUGAUCAAAUGGUAUGGUUUCGUGAAACUUGGUACGAGGAGGUUUUACGACAAUUGAGACAGGGUUUAGCAAAAUGUUAUGCAAUUGCAUUUGAAAAUCGUGGAGCAGUUAGUGAGGCAACAAUAACACCGCAUACAUUGAAUUUUGUUAAAAAACUUGUAUCGACAUUUGGUAUUGGUAUUGAAAAUAUUUCAUCAUCGCAAAAUGUGAAUAAUAGCUUUGGAUCAGCGGCUUCAGAAUCAUUGGCACGACGAGCACAGGCGACAGUUCAGGAUCCUGUAUUUCAACGAAUGAAGGGACAAUUUACAAGUGAUUUUGAUUUUACUGUACCGGGUGCAAGGCUUUUGCAUAAUCUUAUCAAUAAAUUGAAGAAAUGGAUUAAAAUUUUAGAGGCGAAAACAAAAUUAUUGCCAAAAUCAUUUCUUAUUGAGGAGAAAUGUAGAUUUUUGAGUAAUUUUAGUUUAAAAACAGCGGAAGUAGAAUUGCCUGGAGAAUUUUUACUACCGAAACAUUCGCAUUAUUAUGUGAGAAUUGCGAGAUUUAUGCCUCGAGUUGAAGUGGUUCAACGACAUAAUACAGCGGCAAGACGUUUAAGGAUUCGGGGACACAAUGGAAGACUUUAUCCAUAUUUGGUUGUUAAUGAUGCUGGUUUAGGUGAUGCUAGACGAGAGGAAAGGGUUCUACAAUUAUUAAGAAUGUUAAAUCAUUAUUUAACUCGACAAAAGGAAACAUCAAGACGAUUUUUACAUUUUACUGUACCUCGAGUUGUUGCUGUUUCACCGCAAAUGCGUCUCGUUGAGGAUAAUCCAGCUUCAGUUUCUUUGCUUGAUAUUUAUAAACAGGGUUGUACAAAAAUGAGUAUUGAACAUGAUGCUCCAAUUGCACGGUAUUAUGAAAGAUUAGCAACUGUUCAGGCACGUGGAACACAAGCGAGUCAUCAGGUGUUACGCGAUAUUCUUCGUGAGGUACAAACAACAAUGGUACCAAGAACAUUGCUCAGAGAUUGGGCCCUAAAAACAUUUCCAGCAGCCACUGAUUAUUGGACAUUUAGAAAAAUGUUUACACUACAACUUUCUUUGGCUUGCUUUGCGGAAUAUGUUUUGCAUCUGACUCGACUCAAUCCAGAUAUGAUGUACGUUCAUCAGGACUCGGGUUUAAUUAACGUUGCCUACUUUAAAUUUGACGUUGACGAUACAUCUGGCGAAUUGGAUGCAAAUCGACCGGUUCCAUUUAGAUUGACGCCAAAUAUUUUGGAAUUUUUGACAAAUACAGGCGUUUCAGGUCCAUUGACGGCGUGUGCAAUAGCAACGGCACGUUGUCUUGUUCAACCAUCAUUCAAGGUGCAUGCAAUUUUAAGGGCAAUUUUGCGUGACGAAGUGAUUGCUGAUCAUAAUAAAAAACAAGACGAUCCAGAGAAUGCAACAUUACAACAAACGCCAACCGAUAUGAAGGGUGAACUUUUAAUAACAAUGGUAACACGAGCAGUGACGGCAAUUAUAUCAAGACUGAAUUCAUUGGCUAAUUUUGAUGGUACCGAUAGUAAAGUUAGUACACUUGUUGCCGCUGCAAAUAGUCAUGAUAAUUUGUGUCGAAUGGAUCCAUCAUGGCAUCCAUGGUUGUAAAUUAUUUUUCCAAAAAUGACAAAAAAAAAAAAAAAAAAACACAAUUCUUCAAUAAUUCCGGUAAAAUUCUCAAAAAAAAAGAUAUUUUCUUCUCUUCGUUUUUUUGCUAAUAUUUCUCCCCCUUUUUUUGGAUUCUUUCAAUUUUUGAAGAAAAAAAAUUUCCCCCUUUUUUUUAGGUGGAAAAUAAAAAUUUUUUUUCUGGAAUAAUCUUUCGAAAAACAAAAAAAAAAUGAAGGAAAUUAUUUUGAAUGUAAAAAGGUAAAAGAAAUAGUUUAAAGAAAAUUUUUCCUUCCUUUUUUUCACUUAAUUUAAAUAAAUAAAAUGAAAGUUAUUUAAAUAAAUAAUUAUUAAAGAAAUUACAAAAA